AUGAACUAUUUGUUGUCGGAAAUAAGGCCUCCCAACUGCAUCAAUCGCUCUGUAUACGCUAAUAUUUUUACCAAGCAAAAGGCAUCGCUAGUUGUGAAUAAGGUUAAUCAAUUGGAGUUUUAUGUUGUACAUACGGAAUCAGAAGAGCCAUGUCUUGAAUUAAAAGAUGUAUUAACUAUAGACGAACCAUUGCUGGCUGUAAUUCCGUUCCAGCCGCCACAAUUGAAGAAUGAAUGGCUUAUGGUUCUUACUGAGUCAAAUGCAUUAUUCUAUAUCGGAUAUAAUCAGGAAACGGAGAAUUUUGUUCGUAUUAAUGGAGCGGUUCUUAAUGGAAGUGGUCAGCAGCAAUUGCUUGAUGUAGAGCCCAUUAUGAUGUCCAAAUUUACUGAAGAAUCGGGGUAUUUUAUAGUGCAUUGUUUCCAAGGAAUGAUUCAGCUAUUGGUUCUCAAUAAGGAUACCAAAUUUGAUACGUUACUAGUGGAUACUACGAAUAAGCGUGGUAAAAAGAAUGUCCCGCGCAAUGAUGCGUGGAAUGCAAAUACUACGGCUAUUGGGAAUAUUGUAGUUCACCAAAUGGUGAUUUUACAGAAUACAAAUAAAUUUGAGGAUACACUAGCGGUGCUUUAUCGAGAUUUUCAGUAUAAUUAUUCGUUAAGAUACUAUCGCAUAUCCCCAGAGGAAGGCAAGCUUCUGCUUCUUAUUCAAUUCGAAGAAUUUGAUGAACCUCCUACAUGUAUUAUAGCGCCAAAAACGGGAGGGCUUUUAGUAUUGACUUCGCUUCAUAUUUUUUAUUUUGCUAAUCCAAUGGUAAACUUGCAACUUAAAAACGAAGGUGACAGUAUUUUCCUUUCACGUAAUGGGGAACAGCAAUUGGUCGUCAAGAAAUUAGACUCUAGUAGUUAUUCGGAACUAAUGACUAGUAGCUUUACCAAUUAUACUAUUAUAGAUGACAAUAGGAUUUUGGUUGUAACCAAUACUGGAAUGUCGUAUAUUAUUUAUUUUGAUUCCAAAUUUAAUGGAAAAAGAGCGGAAGUUAUCAGUUCCAUCAGCCUUAUUGAGCUAGGGAUGACUACUGUUGCUAGUGACGUUCAUCAUAUCGAUAAGAAUAUAUUUUUUGCCUCCUCCAAGUUAUCUCAAUCAAUAUUAUUCGAGAUACUUCAACAAAAGCCAUUCAUUAAUGUCUCUCAAUUUAUUCCCUCGUCUCCACCUUUAUUAAAUAUCGAUACUAAAUUUACCGGUAUGCAACGGACUCUUUUGACAUGUGGUGGUGGUUAUGAUAGUGGUGAAUUUAGAAAAGUUCAUAAUAAUAUUUUUGAAUUAACUUGUAUCAAGCAGUUUGGUACAGCCUUAGAUACCAGCCAAAUAUUGUUACUUAACGUGCAGAAUAAAACUUAUCAUAUUGCCACUAAGGAUAUGAAUGGGAAGAUUAAUGGAGAAUAUCUACUUGAAGCGAAGGGGUCUAAUUCAGCUUUCAGGAAACUUGGUGAUUUUCAGUGUGGCGUUCCUGAGCUAGUAUUAAACCAGAGAAUAAUAGAUGGUGAUAGGAUAUCUGCGACUGAGCAGGGAUGCUACAUAAAUAAUCAGGCGGUGACAAACGAAAGGAUAUUUUAUUGCAAAAUUAUGGAAAGUGGUACAUUUGUAUAUUUGACGUCCAAAAAUGAAAUUUACAUGCAAAAGGGGACACAUAUUAUUAAAAGGUUUAACUUAGCGUCCGAAUUCAAACAAGUAACUGAAAUUGAUUUGGUUCAUAUUUGCGACAACAGAUUCUUGUUAUUAGCGGCUUUCGAUGAUGGGUCUUAUGAGCUACAUAUGAUUUCGGAGGAUUUGCCCAAGGCCAAAAUCCUUCUUCAAGAAGCCGUAUUUGAUUCGACUAAUGGGAUUUCUUCUUGCGCUAUCUUAUUAGAAGAUAACGUCGUAUCUUCAUCUAUAUGGCUUCUUUUCCUGUCUGGAAAUGGAUCAGUUGGUCAAGUCUAUUUUGAUUUGAAUACUGAAGUAAAUAACAAACAAACAGUUAUAUCACAGUGUGCAUCUGGGUUACCUUAUAGAUUUUUCAAGAGCAAAAAUAACAAUAUUCUUAUGGCUGAUACAAACCAGAUAUUCGGAUUAUUUAUUGACGAAACAAAUUUCUACAAACUUGUUCCAAUUGCUGAGGUCAAUAAUAUUAAUAAUAUAAUUUUUUUAAAUGAAGAAGAACUCCUCGUGUCUACGAGUAUAAACAAGGUAACUUUGUAUUCGUUAAAGAAAGAUUCUAGCAAAUAUGCAAACGAUACUAUAAUGUAUUCAAAUUUAUCAAAUACCAAAUCGUUACACAUUCCCCAUUCGAAUUUGUCAAUACUAAUUUGCUUUGAAAAUAAAAUAAACUCAAUCAAUGGUGAAUACCAAAAAUACUCAUAUUUGAAGCUAAUUGACGAUUCUUCAAUGAAUGUUGUUGACAUUUUCGACUUUGCAAAUAAUUCCUCUUGGGAUAUAGUUGACAUAUGCAUGGUUCCAAGCGGUAUGGAGCUGAUGAUUCCAAAACAUUCAUUCGUUAUUCUAAGUAAUAGCCCCAAUAAGAAUGAGAUACUCCUGAUAUUCCAUAUUAAAAAGAAUAAGAUAAAGAGGCUUUCGCUGAUAGAUAUACUUGGUUUAUCUGAUGGUUCUGAAUUAAUAUCACAGACUGUACGACUCAUUGAUUGUGAUAAACUCAAGUUUAUUGUUGGAGGCAACAUCACUUUCAUAGUAGACUUGAUUUAUGACCCAGAUAGGAGUAAUUUAGUCUGGCAGUUACUUACAGGUUCGAUUGUUCAAUUGCCUAUAUAUGCACUUGGUGCUAUUUCAACUGAUAAAUAUAUUAUAAUGGGUGAUAUAAUGAAGGGUUUAUAUAUUGGAGAGCUUAAUUAUCCUACUGAUGAUGACCAUGAAAGUGAAACCAAUGAAGCUCACAUCAAGCUCUCUAUGCUGAAAAUACGAUGCAGCUUUGAUCCAUAUUUUCUCUCAAGUUUUGAUGCUGUCAAAAAUAUUGAAGACCAGACUGAGGUCAUCUUUGGUGACUCCUUGGGUAAUUUGUCUUCCCUUCAAAUAAAUCCCGAUAACAAUGAAGCAGAUCAAACGUUUGCAUUCAAUAUCGGAGAACAGAUUAAUAUUAUUAAGGUCAUCGAUCAUUCCGCCCAAAAACAAAAUUUUGCGUUGAAAUUCGAUAAAGUUAAUGAAAUCAAACCUCUUUUGCAUACAACUGCUGUUAUUGGUACGGUUAAUGGUGGGUUAUAUUGUGUGAGCAAAGUUGUUCAAGAAUCAAGAGAAGACAUCGAAAAAAUCUUAGUAAAAUGCCAAGCAGAGUUGAUUUCGUAUCUGAAAACUCUAACUUUGACAAAUAAAACAACAAAGGCGCUCAAUUAUAGUAAUUGGCUCUCAACAAAAGAUUGGAGAACCUUAUCUAAGAAUGAAUCUGGAAAUUAUAUAAGAAAAGAUGCUUUCGGUAUGUUUGAUUUGGCAAUAAUAAGAAAAUGGCUUAAGCGCGACCAUCAGCUUAACAAUUCUGGUCAACGAAACAAAACAGAUGAAGAAUUGUUGAACGACAUGAAGACAAGUCUAAAAGUCUGUUAUAAGAACAAAAGGCUCCUACAAAGAUUGGUCUACGAGAGUAGCUUACUAUGA